AGUGGAGAUUCUCCCUAGUAGAGAGUCUGUGGCAACAAACACACAUGGCCGUGUUUGUGUUUCACUAGAGAAAUGCUGCUGAGAAAAAGAAUAUCUCUGCGCUUUAACUGAUUUACUUCUGAUACAAGAACACUGACAUCAUGUAUAGCCAGUGUGACACUGAUGCUUGGUACAGCCACCCUGUCUAUGCCCGCUACUGGCUGCAUUACCAGCAGGCCAUGACCUGGCAUCAGAGGCACAGGCAGGCUUACAGCAAGGCCGUGCAGGCUGCUUAUGGACCCGCACUGUAUCAUAUGUUCCCCACUACCUCGCCCCGCUACACAGACUGGCAUAGUGAAGAAAGGAAGGAUCGAACCCGUGGACGAAUGAAGAGGCGUGGCAGAGGAUACGCAGUGGAAGGUGAGGAAGCAGAAGACGAAGAAGUCCCAGAGAGCACAGAAGAGUCUGAGAGUUCGGAAGAAAGCGAGAUCGAAUGCAACGUCAGCAAAAUGGAGAUCUCAGCAGAACUACGGCAGUUCUUUGCACAGACGGAGCAGCACAGGGAGGAGCUGAAAAAGCAACAGCAGAUGGAGGCAGAGCGGCAGGAAGAUUACGUGUUGGCCGACCAGGACCUGCACAGGGUUUCCUGGCGUAGCGCUCAGGCCCCUGUUGAACGGCCGGGCGAGAGAAGGAGUGCAGAGAUGAAGAAGCUCUACGGCAAAGACGCGGCCAAGAUCCAGGGCAUGGAGACGGCAAUGCAGCUCACUUUCGAUCGGAACUGCGACCGCAAACAGCCCAAGUACUGGCCAGUUAUACCGUUAAACCUGUAGCACCUCAAUACUACAGCCAUUUAACCUCUCUAGUUUCAGAGUUAAAGGAAUACAAGCAACAGUGCCUGCCCAUUGGAUUAUGUCCGUUAUGCCAAUGUGUGAUUUAUUUGUCAUACAUACUUUGGGCACCAAUAUCACCAAUAUAAAAGUUUCUGUAACUGUGAAUAGCUAAGCAAUUAAAAGUUUAAAGCAGCAACAUUACUUUAAUGUUUAAAUAUUAAACAAGAGAAAAGGGCUUGAAACUAAAUUUUGGCAAAUAUCACACCCAUCCAAACAGAUUGUAUUGUCUAUAUAAUCACUUGCCCUAAAGUCAUAGAAUAACAGUACACUAUGUAAACUGAUCAUGUCAGAGCGUAGCUUGGGAAUGCCAACACCUGUUUAAGUUACGAGGUGCUAUCUUGCAUGUGUGAGGUUGAUCUCUGGACAGCAUACUCAUGGCAAGGUGCCCCUGCCUCUUCAUGUAUUUAAUUGAAAACAAGAUGGCAGGAAUCCCAGUCAAAAGUUUCUACUGCCAGUAGUGGCCAGCAUAGUGUUUGUUAAUGAUUGUGACUGUCAGCUUCUGGCUGCAGUAGUCCUUUCGAACGGACAAGUGACUGUGGCAAAAAUAGUAUCCACAUUCAUUGCAGGAGCAAAAAAAUACUGCAUCUCGCAGGUCAGUACAGGGUUUUUUCGCCUUUAAUAAGUCAUGGCAAAAGUCACGGGACACGAUACUAGUUCUUAACGCAUGUCUUCUGGCAUGUCCAUGUAUCUCAGUCAUUGUCCAUGUUAAUUUGAAUGUAUGUUACAGGUGCAUCAGAAAGCGACUAGAUUAAAUAAUGCUUAUUAAUUCUUUUUGCUGUUGUGUUCCCUUAAAACUUCACAUAGAUGUCAUUUCAGGGCCGUAUCAUGACUUUAACUUUCUAGUCCUUUUCCUUUUCACUAAUGGAACACAUCUGUCCUGCUGCCGCUCUAAUUUCACACGUUGCUGUUCAUCACUCUCCGAUUUUUCCCUUCUCCAAGUCCAUGAAUGAUGCAGAUGCCGCAUGCAUCGCAGCACAACUCUUUUUCACAGAACUCAUUCGCACUAACUAGGUCAGUGCCUCCCCCAUGUUUUCAGCCCAGCGCAGUUCGUCUGCAUCCUCUGUCCUCCGCGUUUCCUCUGCUCUAAAGAGAGAGUUUGGAGUGUGUUGCACUUUCUGGUGUUUUCCUUUUUUUUGUGACUGUUCUUUUUUAUAGGUUUUCUAUGUGAAUAUAUUUCAAAUAAAAUGCAAAAGGAUUAAAUUAAA